AUGUCCACCGCCCCUCGAAUGGCGCCCAUGGACGGAUACGUCAAAGUGGGGUCCGGGCGAAAACCCCUUCGAACGUCGCUGAGCUCGACUUCGGGGAUGUGCAACUCAAGCUUUUUUUUCUCGCGUCUUUGCCGUCACUUCCGCCUGCGUCGUCUUCUAUUGGGUCGUUUUGUCUCCUAUAGCAGGCGAUCGAGACCUGCUGGACCUCCCCAAAGAUCGAUCAAAGAUGCUCGCACGCCUGACGAAUCGACUCCCAUCCCAGCUCGGCGGAAGCUCGACAAAACUUGCAUCAUCCUCCGGAUCAAGACCGGGCUUUCGCAACCCUGCGCACGUACCCUCCAAGAAGCGACCGACGUAUCAGUUGUCCGAGUUCAAUUGCAACCCUUUCGAAGAGCUAGGUCGGCUGAUCGUCAAUGUGGAGGAUGUCACCGCGAAUGUGUGGGCCCCUUACGAUCGAUCCUGCGCGCCUUCAAACUACAUGAAGGAUCUCUAUCGAUCCGCGGACGACAACGUACCAUUCACGCCCAGAACAGCUUCAGCAAUAGAGGAGAUCGGAGAUGGACCAGGUGCAUCCCGACGUUGGCUCCCUUUGCUCGUCGAUCGAACGGUUCUCAUCCACGGGGAUUCAAUCGAUCGCUUCCACCUCAAAGAUUUCUGCGAGCUCGUGAAAGGCGAACUGACCUUAAUCGACCCCAAACAUCCCGAAUCGCCACCUCCUCAUCGUUCAUCGGAACAUCUCUCUCCUGGGGUGUCGGAAGAGGAGCGUAAUCGCCGAAAGGAGAAGGAAGCGACAUGGGAAAAGCGACCGACCGAAGGCCACGUCUUGACCAAUCCUUGGGUGUGCAACGUCCAGGAGUACAAUUUCACCCUCAUCAAUGUCUUUACAUGGGGAUUGGAAGGUGCCGAAGAGUUUUUCGAGACUGAACGAUGGUACCAUCCUCCUGGUGAGAUGUUCUUGAAUUGCUGCUUUGUGACGAGUCAAUCGAGACUGAUUAUGUAGCCUGAAUUCUCACUGCCAGCUACGUGGACUGAACGCCUGGAAGCCAUCACCCUACCUCUUUUGAACAACCUCGCCCGUCACUUUAACCGACCGCAAAUCAGAUACCCCGAUCUGGUGGAGCUCAACUCGGGGUAUUGGGAUCUGCGAAAAUACACCGAGGGUGCGCAGCGCUCUCCCGUUUAGCGAACGGACUCGGAAAGCUGACACUAUUGCUCGUCUCUUUCGAGCAGAGGACUUUGUCGCAGCAGGGUGGAAGACAAGACCAUAUCCGGAAGACUCGCCGAUCCCUUAUCAGAACCUCCAACCUGGGCGAGAAGUCAUCUGGGAGAGGGAGGCGAGGAAAGCGAUUCGCUUCGCAGCAAGGGCCUUCAAAGGUCCUGAUGGGACCCCCGCGAAUGGACCGGCGAUCCUUUGGAGGACUCUGCAUCAUCCUCCGAGGCAUAAAUACGCUCCUUAUAAUGUAGGUCCCGAUCCGGAUCGAAGAGUGCGGGAUACCUGAGAGAAGGCAAAACUAAUUCAUUGACCUUCUUUGGGUUCGGCGCUGCACAGCGAGUUUUCGCACUCGACAACCUCGCGAGAAAAGUCGUUCUCGAUCUUCAGAACGGUGUCACAACUCCCAUGGCUGCGCAUCAUGGAUCCCAUGACGUGGAUCUGAAUCUAGGGGAGAGGUUGCGGCUCGACGAGUCGGGUCGGUUGAUGUUGGGGCAGGAACAGCUAUUCCGCGAUUUGUUGCACCCGCUCGCGAUCCCGGGAAGUUAUUUUUGGGGAAAUAUCAUGCUUUACGAGUGAGUUUAAACUCCUUUCAGUCCCGCGAGAGAUUUUGAUUUCUGAUCCUCGCGCACUUGCUCAUUUUCGAAGGUUGAAACGAGUGGUCAAGGGCAUCGGGAGAGACUGGAGCGCCGAGCUGGAACGCUGGCAGGGUUGA